UCAAUGUACUGCAUCCAGACUUGAGUAGAUGGUAUUUGCUGAGAUGGUGAAUAGCAAAUUUGCAAAGUGAAAUUGAUGCAGGGGAUGCAGUGUGCAUACCAUUGGAUAUUCUUGACAGCUGAAUGUGGCAGGUGAAGGAGAAGGUAAGGACAGGGAAUGGCACAUACAGUUACAUUUUACAUACAGAAUAAGUGCCCCUUCCCCAUAUGGCCAGCGACUGCCCCCAACACCGGAGAGCCUGUGAUAGCUGAUGGCGGCUUCUUCCUCCCCGCCGGACAUACUCAGCCCAUUACUGCCCCGUGGUCAUGGAGCGGUCGGAUUUGGGCCCGAACAGGAUGCGACUUUGUCUCCAACUGCAAGCCUGCUUGCGAAACAGGAGAUUGUGGCGGACGAUUAGCAUGCAAUGGACUAAUAGGCAAUCCACCGGUGACACUAGUGGAAGUUUCGCUUCAAGACGACAAAGGCAAGCCAAAUUUCUACGCUGUGAGCGUGGUUGAUGGAUAUAAUCUUCCGGUUGCAAUCUUAUCAAGGCCGGCGGCAUCCAAUUGCGCUGUCAGAGGGUGUUUGAAAGAUUUGAAAACUUGUUGCCCCGAUGAGCUGAAGGUUUUAAACGACGAAGGGGAAGUUGUGGCGUGCAAAAGUGCUUGUUUGGCGUUUGAUACGGACUCGUUUUGUUGCCGGAAUAAGUAUGGAACCCCGGAAAAAUGCAAGCCGAGUGUGUACUCGAAGAUAUUCAAAGAUGCUUGCCCUUCGUAUUACAGCUAUGCUUAUGAUUCACCACCUCCAUUGGUGACUUGCAAGGCAAGCGAGUAUGUGAUCACAUUUUGUCCUGCAGGGUGGGGUGCUGCUGGGUAUACCUCUUUGUAGCUAGUUUGCCCUUCAUUUGUGGUAAUCCAGUUUUAUAUUUGAUUAAGAGUAUUUUCAUUGUAAUAAGUAUCAAGUUUUAUUUGCUUUUGGUUCUUAUGGUUAUGUUUAUAUGUUACGUUUAUUUUCGUUGGA